UCCACAAUGUGCAUCAGCAAUGCUGACUGCUAGCCCUCACGAGCUGCAGGCAGUCUUGCGGAAGGAGACCCGCGUCGAGACGCUGCUCAAUCCCUUCAUCGUCGUCGUCACCCCAGCGGAGCUACAGCCUGAAAGCAAGCGAGCUCAACACCAAAGCUAUCUCAACAAUGGUCGUUCAAGAGAACAUGCGACGUCAUCACCUCCGAUGACGUCGCAUAAGUCGACAUCCAAUCAACACCAAUCCAACCAGACUAUUCCCACACCCAGCUCUCGACGGGCGAACCGGAGGUGCUGAAGAUGAAGAGAGAGGCUCAUUGAAAUGAUGAUGACCACAUCCAGCACGUACGCCGAUCAUUGCCGAUGACGACGCAAGCUUCGCACGGCAUCGGCUUCUGCCUUUGCCACGCUCAACUUGCUUCAUCACUGCUCUAAUUUGCGCUGUGCUUUCUUUGGUGAACAAGAUGGGUAUUACGCAGCCCGAUCUAAAGCGCAAUUCAUGAUGCUCUUGGGCAUGCAGUCGACCUGUCCUGGCUGUUGUGGUGAAGUAUCAACUCUUAGCGCGACAAACUACCCUUCAAGGCAAAGCUCCGAACUUGCGGCAGGACGCCUAGCCAGACUCAGACAGUCACGGACGGAGGCCGCAAGCCCGAGGAUGCAGCGGUGCAGACGCGCAAAUUCUUUGCUGCGCCCUAACGCGUGCGUGGUGGGUCGAAUCUUCUCGACCCCGACUGUGGCGCGAUCGGCUCUAGACGCAAGAGUCGUGAGUGACAUAUAUACGCAUCUAGUUUCGGUGGCGAAUGUGCGGCUAUUCGGUGAACGGCUUCACGGCACGAGGUGGAGGUGAGGACGGCUCGGUACCUGCCGCACGUCGCGCCCUCUCGUCGGGAGAGAUCAGAGCUGAUUAGGCUGGCCCUGCUGACGUCAGGCUGUGUAUCUUUGCCACAGGAGGCACGCAUCUGGGCCAGGCGGCGUUUGCACCAGACGACGCGAAGACAAUCGUUGCACAGGGGCGACUGGGAACGUCUCAGCAAAUACGCCAUUGGAUACUUCCUUCGGCUCACGGUCGUUCAAUCGCAUUUCGUCAUCAGUGCCCUCCCAUCACCGAUAAAACUGACUCAGGUAUGUCGAUCGUCAGGCGAAUACAGUGGGAAGCGAUCAUCUGUUGAUGCGGCGGGGCGGCGCAUUGUAACGGAGGAUGUUUGGGGCCCCAUGCGCGCGCCGUGCUUCACGCCCGUAUGCCUGCGCGGUUCCCACGCCCGCUGACAAAUUCUCCUAGCCUCCGACCGUCCACGUGACUAAUUCUCCGACGGGCGAGAAUUAUCUACGUAGUGCAGAAAGUAGGCGCCCUGCCUACCCAAGGCCCAGAUGACAUUAUCACCCGAUCGUGAUACGAGACUCGUGAUUCUUUGAAUCUCAAAGUCGUGAAGCUGGGCGUGUAAUCGACCAGCGGGCAUGACGUCAUGCUAGUCUAAUCGAUGGAUUGCUAUGAAGCGGUGAUGUCUAAUGAGAGGUAACAAUCCUCAUCCUAGCAUCAUCGCAACAGUCGGCAUCGUACCUCACAUGCAGCAAUGCCAGCGUCGAAGUUAUCUAGCAUAGCUAAACGUGAAUUGCCGGAUAGCUGGAAGUUGGCCGCAGAACGGUGAUGACGAUCUCAAUAGCGCUCGUCUUCCUCCGGAAUGAUUCAUGCUUCAUCGUCUUCUGUCCAAACUCUAGCUCAACGAAAGCCGACUCGAGGCGAAUGCGACUCCAGGCUGGGAGGGCGACCAUAUCAUUUGAGAGGCUCACAUCGCUUGUGGAAUCACAGCGCGUGCAGCCAUAGGAUAAGUUGGCCCUGAUCUGCUGCGCCGACUCGACAUUCAUUCGGUACACUUGCCGGGAAAGCGUGGAAGCGAUCAUUGAUCUUAUGGACGCUCGAAACAACGUCACAUGAGCAAGUGUGCAGACCUAGCUAGUCACGCUUCAAUUUGAAUCACGUGAAUACGUUCGCUGAGCGCAGUCUCCACGCUCGAUUCAUCUCAUGCACUUCGUGAUUGCGAGUUCGUUAGUGUGGCGACGCAUCAUCGACGAUGUGGAUGGGACGAAGCAAGAAAGGCCAAGGUAUGGAACGAGUAACGCGCCCAAGGCACAAUCGGGAGCAGACGACGUGCUGACGUUCAUCCAGCGAUUUGUGAAUGUCGAGCGCAUCCACAUCAACCCCGGCAUGCAAGGCAAUUCGCCCGCCCGCCGAGUUGGCGGUGAAUCUUGGAUUCUAAGAGAAGGCAAGGCUGCAGCUCGGGUGGUGGUUGCCCUGAGGUCACAACGCUGCAGGAAACUCAUGCAAACUUGCCCUGCGAGUGAGUCUCAAUAAUCACGAAUAAUACAGACGAGACGAGGUUGCAACUCAGGGCCUCCAUAGCCUUUCGGAGUGGCGUCAGCGCAGUGAGACGAUUCGCAACGGCUAUCAUCCAGGUCCUGCCUCUUUUUCGGAGAACUGCUGAACCGCUCCAACGAGUCAAAGCGAUGAUGGCUCUCUUGGUACUCGACGGAAUCGCAUUCAAGCUCCUUCAACGCUACCUACGCUAUGCUUUUGGGCCUUUCAUCAUUGAGGUGCGCCGAUCAUUGACUUUCUCGAUGUGGGAGUGGAAGUGGAAUCUUGCUCAGAGGUGCGGCCCAGAUAAGGUUGCGGACGAGAUCAUCGCGAGGCGAGUGCGGUGCACAUGGAGAGUCUCGCUGAGUGAUCAAAGGGGGGUUGCAAGACGGGGAGAAGGGUUGGCUAAAGCCGGCAAAGACGAAAGUCAAAAUCACUACAGGCACACGCGCGCUGCGCAGCAGCGUUGGUGAGGAACCCCGAUGAAGGAGAAAGGAGAAGGAGGCGGACAGCGAAGAGGAAGAAUCGGCUAGAGCGCGUCAAGUGGGUGAUGGACCCACAAGCUGACGAAGUGAUAUGAAAUGACAGAAUGCUGGAGAACAAUUCAGGGAGCUUCACGUGGGCCGCGGCCCAGCCUGGUAGGCACGCACGAAAUUCAUUGCGUCGCCCAUCAGCUCAAGUGGUUGAGCAGGAGGUGACGUCCGCUAAGCUAGUUGAAGGCUGAUGUGGGUAUUACGAGCUCAUCAUGUUCGCUCAGCUCUGCGUUCGAAGACAAGCACGUCGGCUUGACCAGGGGGCGCAGGUCCUGCGAACAAAUUACAUGAACAUUCCGUACCACUGUCGCUGUCUCCAAUUCGCAGGCCCCUCUCCACCUUGACAAACACUCCAUCAUCAGACCGACA